GAUGAAAGAGUGUGAAACAAGGGUGUGCAAUGUGGGAAAGUUGAACUUCAACCGGUAUUUAAGCACAGACAUUAUGCAGUCAGAAACACAGAUGGAAGCUGAGCAAGAAUUUCUUGUAGAUUUUCUCCUUGAGUGAAAGCAUCAUCUAAGGCUUUACCAUGAAGACUGCUGUUCUUUUGUUUACUGUGGUGCUCAUAGCUGUGUUGUCAGAGUGUGAGAUGGUCAAGUUUGGUCAGCUGUGCAGCGACAACUCCAGUAACAGGAGGAGGACAGGGGACAAAUGGGGACAAGGACACCACGGCGCAAGCAGAGGAGGCCGUGCGCAUCAGGGUCUGGACAUUGUGUGUAAUGAUGGGGCCACAGUGUACGCUCCAUUUGACGUGAAACUCAAUGGCAAAGUGAUCGUGUACACAGACCCGAAGAAGGCAGCCAUCAACGAUGGGAUCAACCUCAGUGGAGAGGGUCUGUGCUUUAAGCUUUUCUACGUAAAGCCUGACAAGUACUCUGGGGUGGUGAAGAAGGGCCAGAGGAUUGGGACCAUGCUGACCAUGCAAAGUGUCUACCCAGGGAUCACUUCUCAUGUCCACGUCCAGAUGUGUGACAAGUCUGACCCCACCAAGUUCUUUUAAAGGAGUCCCUUUUGGCCUCUCAAUCAACCAAUAACAUGAUUGUAAUCAUUGGCCAAUAGAUGGGCUUACUGUGUUUAAAAAUGAUAAUUUGCUUAUUAUUAUUAUAAUUUUUUAUUACAGUAUAAAAUACAUGCAUGCUGCACAUUUCUGGAAUAAAGUUUUACAUGAACCCUAUAAGCAUCAGGGGUAAAUUCA